CAAACUCUCCAACUCCACCACAAGCUUCCCAUUCAGGACGGGUCGGGACCCAUACAUAACUCGGUUUUCUCUUCUUCCCCGUGGAAGUUCCUUGAAAACUCGGCCAUACAAAAGAAAUCAUCUUCGAUCGGUUGUAAUCUUGGUGCUGGAUAAUUUUCGUUUGGAGUCGGUGGAUACUAGCUUUGGGUGUUUGGCUUCGGAUAAUAUGAGCUCUCAAGAUGGAAAUGAUCGAAGGGAUAGAACUAGAUUUCCUGCUCAAGGUGUUCGCCACCAGUGGGUCGUGAGGGGAUCCGUUGCCACCACCAUUGUGAACACAAACCUGAUCCAAAACCCACACCCAAACCCAAACCCAAACAUAGAGCCACUAUUGAGUUUAAAUCCCAAUCACAGAAAUGGUGGGAACCCGAGUUAUGGUUCUGCACCACCAGUGAGUCAGCCUAGGGGGACUAAUGGUCCAAGGGGAUACAUGGGUCGGCCAGCAUAUCCAAGGAGGGACAGGAUGAGGGAGAAGGAGAAGGAGAAGGAGAAAGAGGGGGAGAAGGAGAGGGAGAACCAGGGUGGAAAGGCAUUGAAGGACUCUAAGGUGCCUCAGCUUGUGCAAGAAAUUCAGGAGAAGCUCAUGAAGGGCACUGUUGAAUGCAUGAUUUGUUAUGACAUGGUGCGGAGGUCAGCACCCAUUUGGUCUUGCUCAAGCUGUUACUCUAUUUUUCAUCUGAAUUGUACCAAGAAAUGGGCUCGGGCUCCUACUUCUGUUGACUUAUCUGCUGAGAAAAGUCAGGGACUUAAUUGGCGAUGUCCUGGAUGUCAGUCAGUGCAACUUACAUCGUCCAAGGAGAUUCGGUAUGUUUGCUUUUGUGGGAAGAGGCCAGACCCACCUUCUGAUCUGUACUUGACUCCGCAUUCAUGUGGUGAACCAUGUGGUAAGCCACUUGAAAAGGAGAUCCCACAAGCUGGUGAUAGUGGUGAGGAUCUUUGCCCUCAUGCCUGUGUUUUGCAAUGCCACCCAGGUCCUUGCCCGCCUUGUAAGGCAUUUGCCCCGUCAUGUUUGUGCCCAUGUGGGAAGAAAAAAAUUACGACACGGUGCUCUGAUCGAAAGUCUGUUCUUACUUGUGGUCAGCGCUGUGACAAGCUUCUUGAGUGUAGGCGUCACAGGUGUGAUCGGAUUUGCCAUGUGGGACCUUGUGAUCCUUGUGAGGUUCUUAUCAAUGCAUCUUGUUUCUGCAAGAAGAAGGUGGAGGCUGUUCUUUGUGGAGACAUGGCUGUGAAGGGAGAAGUGAAAACUGAGGAUGGUGUUUUUUCUUGUAAUUCUACUUGUGGGAGGAAGCUUAUAUGUGGCAAUCAUGUCUGCUGUGAAAUUUGCCAUCCAGGGUCUUGUGGAGAGUGUGAGUUAAUGCCAAGCAGGGUUAAGACUUGCUAUUGUGGGAAAACAAGCUUGCAGGAGGAUCGGCAGAGCUGUUUGGACCCAAUUCCAACAUGUUCUAAAAAAUGUGGCAGGCCCCUUCCUUGUGGGAUGCAUCAUUGUACGGAGGUGUGCCAUGCUGGUGAUUGUCCACCAUGUUUGCUUAAGGUCUCUCAAAAAUGUCGUUGUGGAUCAACCUCUCAAACUGUAGAAUGCUAUAAAACAACAUUGGAAGAGAAAUUUACUUGUGAUAAACCUUGUGGACGGAAGAAGAAUUGCGGAAGGCACAGGUGCAGUGAACGAUGCUGUCCACUGUCUAAUUCAAGCAACCUCCUCCCUGGGGAGUGGGAUCCACACUUCUGCUCAAUGGCGUGUGGGAAGAAGCUUAGGUGCGGGCAGCAUGCUUGUGAAUCACUGUGUCACAGCGGCCAUUGCCCUCCUUGCCUUGAAACAAUUUUCACUGAGUUGAUGUGUGCAUGUGGAAGGACUUCAAUCCCUCCUCCAUUAUCUUGCGGUACUCCUCCUCCUUCAUGUCAGCUCCCUUGUUCAGUUCCUCAGCCUUGUGGCCACUCAUCUUCUCACAGCUGCCACUUUGGAGACUGCCCUCCUUGUUCUGUGCCUAUAGCGAAGGAAUGCAUUGGCGGACAUGUUGUCCUUAGGAAUAUACCUUGUGGUUCAAAGGAGAUCAGAUGUAACAAGCUUUGUGGGAAGACCAGGCAGUGUGGUAUGCAUGGUUGUGGCAGGACUUGCCACCCAUCACCUUGUGAUACUUCAACUGGAUCUCCACCAGGUUUGAAAACUUCUUGUGGGCAGACAUGUGGUGCUCCUCGGAGAGAUUGUAGGCACACUUGUAAAGCACCUUGUCACCCUUCUGCUUCUUGUCCGGAUGUAAGAUGUGAUAUCCCUGUAACAAUUGCCUGUUCUUGUGGCCGGAUAACAGCAACUGUUCCUUGUGAUGCUGGAGGCAGCAACAGCAACUUUAGUGCUGAUGCUGUGCAUGAGGCUUGUAUUAUCCAAAGGCUGCCAGUGCCACUUCAACCGGUGGAAGCAACUGGUAAGAAAAUUCCACUUGGGCAGAGGAAGCUUAUAUGUGAUGAUGAAUGUGCUAAGUUAGAACGUAAACGGGUUCUAGCAGAUGCUUUUGAUAUUAGUCCAAACUUAGAGGCUCUUCAUUUUGGCGAGAAUUCUGUUGUAUCUGAAGUGCUUGCAGACCUCUACAGACGUGAUCCAAAGUGGGUAUUGGCUGUGGAGGAGAGAUGUAAGUUCUUGGUACUUGGCAAGAGCAAAGGAACUACAGGUGGUCUUAAGGUUCAUAUUUUUUGUCCAAUGCUGAAGGAUAAGAGAGAUGCAGUAAGGCUGAUUGCAGACAGAUGGAAGCUUGCCAUUCAUUCUGCUGGUUGGGAGCCCAAGCGUUUUGUUGUGGUUCAUGUUACACGCAAAUCGAAAGCCCCUCCUCGUGUGAUUGGUGUUAAGGGUUCCACCACCCUGAAUGCACCCCAUCCUCCGGCUUUUGAUCCUUUGGUUGACAUGGAUCCAAGGCUGGUUGUUUCUUUUCCUGAUUUGCCAAGAGAUGCAGAUAUAAGUGCAUUGGUCUUGAGGUUUGGUGGGGAAUGCGAACUAGUUUGGCUGAAUGACAAUAAUGCAUUGGCUGUAUUUAGUGAUCCUGCCCGAGCAGCAACUGCUAUGAGGAGAUUGGAUCAUGGGACUGCAUAUCAUGGCGUUGUUGUGGUUCUACCUAAUGGUGGUGCAGCAGCAGCAUCUUCAGCUACUAAUGCUUGGGUAGGAGCCGGGAUGGCCAAGGAAGGGGGAGCAGUUGCAGCUCUGAAGGGUAACCCAUGGAAGAAGGCUGUUAUUCAUGAGCCUGGUUGGAAGGAAGAUUUGUGGGGUGAAGAAGAGUGGUCUAGUGGUUCUGCAGAUAUGCAGGCUUCUGCAUCGAAAAAAGAAGGUCCAAUUGCCGCUUCAUUAAAUCGGUAUAGUGUCUUAGAUUCUGAAAAGUCUUCGAGUUCAUCCAGUGCACCUCACAGGAUUGAGGAUCCUGAGAAAGGGGCAAGUAGUCAAUCUGGUUCGGUAUUGGAAUCUGAUGCUAGUGGCGUGAGUUCAUCACGGCAGCAUCAAGAUAAUUUUAGUGCAACAGAAAUGUCUGAGGUGGUUGAUGACUGGGAGAAGGCUUAUGAUUAUCUCUAUGCUUCCCCACACACACAUAUAUACAAACACCUCUGGACCCUUCACUGUAUAGUUCCGGCACCUUUAUUAGGCAUUGGCUUCAUCGCCAGGCAGUCCCAUAUCUAUCUGUAUAGUUCAGUUUAUCAUUAUAUUGUCAAUCUUAUCACCAAUAUGGAUAGUUCACCGAGCCCUGGCACCUUCUCCAAUGACAAGAGGAUGGCAUGGAAGCGUAUACUUCUUUUCUCAUUUCAAAGCCUUGGAGUAAUUUAUGGUCAAAUAAGUACUGCUCCCCUGUAUGUCUUUGGGACAAUUUCUGCACAAGAUAUCAAAUCAGAGGACGCUGUAUAUGAGCUCUUCUCGUUUAUUUUCUGGACAAUGACCAUCAUUUCUUUACUGAAGUAUUCCUAUAUAGUACUAAUGGCUGAUGAUGAUGGAGAGGGUGGUACUUUUGCUCUGUACUCACUAUUAUGCAGGCAUGCUAAAGUAGGUCUGCUUCCAAUUGACAGAAGUGCAAAUGAGACUAUGAAUUAUGAGGCAGGAAGCCCUUUUGAGGUCAAGCUGGAAUCAAGGGCAAGAAGGGCCAUUGCGAAACAUAAAAGUAGUCAAUAUUUGGUGUUGUUCUUGGCUCUUUUUGGUUCUUGCAUGACAAUUGGUGUUGGGGUGCUUACCCCGGCUCUUUCUGUGUUCUCAGCUUCAUCAGGUGUGCAAAGAUCAUUGUCGGAUAUGACGUAUAAAUUUUUUUCUUCACAAAGUACACAGAAGUCUGUCUCAAGAGCUUUAGAAAGAUAUGUACCAGUUCCCUCUGCAUGUGCUAUAUUGGUAUGCCUUUUCAUGCUGCAGCACUAUGGGACACAUAAUAUCGCGUUUAUGUUUGCUCCAAUUAUCAGUAUUUGGCUGUUAUUUAUAAGUGCAGUGGGCAUAUAUAAUAUGUUUUAUUGGAACAAAAAAAUCAUCCUUGCGAUCUCCCCAGUAUACAUGUACAGAUUUGCGCAACAUAUUGGUGUUAAAAGUUGGAGAUCUUUAGGCAGCAUCAUCCUAUGUCUAGCAGGAUCAGAGGCCAUGUUUGCAGAUCUAGGUCAUUUCUCCAAGAAAUCAAUCAAGAUUGCUUUUGUCUGCCUGAUUUAUCCAGUCCUCAUCGCAUGCUAUGCGGGUCAAGCUUCAUAUAUGUCCAAAAACUUGCAUGUUAUAGAUUUUAAUCAUCUAAGUGAAUCUGUCCCUGGAGCUAUUCGCCAUUUAUUCGUUGCGUUAUCGCUACUUGCCUCAGUUGUAGGAAGCCAAGCAACCAUAACAGCCAGUUUCUCUGUUAUAAACCAGUGCCUGUCACUUAAUUGUUUUCCCAGGGUGAAAGUUAUUCAUACAUCAGAAAAGAUACGUGGGCAGGUCUAUAUUCCUGACAUCAACUGGUUACUGAUGAUCCUCAGCCUUACAGUCACAAUUGUUUUCCGCAACAUUGUGAAAAUUGGUAAUGCAACAGGAUUGGCGGUAGUUUCUGGAAUGCUUGUAACGACAUGUCUUAUGUCUCUUGUAAUUGCUCUGUACUGGGAGAAGAGUCUGCUUCUAUCCGCAUGCUUUUUGAUAUUCUUUGGCUUCAUCGAGAUCACGUAUCUGUCAGCCUGUAUGUUGAAUUUUCACCAAGGAGCUUGGUAUCUUGUUUUCCUUUUGGCAUUGUCCUUGACCGUCAUGCUUGCAUGGCAUUAUGGAACCAAGAAGAAGUACGAAUUUGAUUUAGAGAACAAGGUGUCAACAGAAUGGCUUACAGAACUUAGCUUAGGCCUUGGAGUUUGCAGGGUGCCUGGAAUUGGCUUCAUUUACACAGAUAUAGUAACUGGAAUCCCAUCCUUUUUCUCACACUUCAUUGCCAAUCUUCCUGCAUUUCAUCAGGUGUUGAUUUUUGUUUCCUUCAAGUCUCUACCAGUGCCUUAUGUCCCCCCGAGUCGAAGGUAUCUUAUAGGAAGGGUAGGACCUAAAGAUUACAAAAUAUAUCGUUGCAUUGUGAGACAUGGGUACCGUGAUCACAUUAAGGACACCGAUGACUUCGAGGAAGAGAUUAUUCGUUCCAUUGGUGAAUUUAUUGCCAUUGAAGAAAAUGAUCUUGAAUCCCUGAAUUCCCAGGAAGGCAGAAUGAUUGUUAUUGGAAAGCCACUGCCAGAUGGGAAUGCCUUGGUUCCACUAAAUGAUACCAACUCAUAUAAAGGUUCUGCAAGCUUUGAAGACAAUGACUCUCAGACAAGUACAUUGGGUCCUUCAUUAGAGAGCAGCUGUGCUCCUGUAAACAGGAAAAAGGUCAGGUUCAUGUUGCCUCCAAAUAGUCCAAAAAUGCAGGUAUCUGUGAGGAAGGAGCUACAAGAGCUAAUUGAUGCAAGGGAAAGUGGUACUGCAUAUGUCCUGGGGCAGUCACAUUUAGCAUUGCGUCAAGGCUCAAACUUUCUAAAGCGGUUCUUGAUCAAGACAUACAUUAUUUGUGACAAAAACUGCAGAGAACCUCCGGUGGCCCUGAACAUUCCUCAUGCUGCUCUUGUAGAGGUUGGUAUGGUCUACACAAUAUAAACUUGUACAUCAUUGUAAUGGAGUUUAUUACAGCAAAGGAAAUGAGGGUAAAAUUUGCUAAAGAAACAAAAAGAGUGAUAGAAGAAAAGAAAAAGAACAUAGUGGUUUGAGUUGUAAGUCCAAUAUAGUCUAGAUAAAGGAGUUCAAAAGGAAACAGAAAACAGUACACUAAAAGCAAAUAUUUUUGCUAAAAUUUGAUUAUAUUGAUGGUAACCAACC